UCCACGGGAGCGCACAGAAGGCAUUGAGCGCUGCGGAACAUAAUUCACAGCCACCUUUCAGCUGAGCCUCGCUGGGACUUUGCUGAAGUUAUCGAAAAAAUAUAUGCUGGUUGUGAAGCCUCGACCAGCUGAGGAAUCCAAAGAAAGGCACAUGACGAGUAAGACAAGCUGAGAAACAUGUGGAGCUUUUUGGCGCGCGGGGGAGAAGUUUUACGCCACUUGCCGUUGUGGCACGAACGCACUGAUUUUUUUAGAAGCGUUAUCAGUUUGAGUGUCUAAUAGUAUGAAGUCCUUUGAUAUGGCAUGUUUCUUGCGUUGUGUCUUCAUGCUCAGCAUUGCGACUCAUGGGAUGUAGUAAAUGGAGACCUGCAUUCAACUUUGGACACCUGAAGGCGCAGUCCAAGCUGUCCGUCUUCUUUACCAUGAUCAUUCUCUUCACUUAUCUUUUUUACUGCCUCAACGGAUACUGUGACUCUCUGUCUAGACCCGUGUACGACCAACAAAAUAAUCCUCUGAAUAGAAUUAUUUUAAAUGAUAGACAAGAAGCGUCACCGGAGCAGCUCUGCGCGUGUAACGCGUCCCCGACAUCGUUUGUCAGGGAACAACUGUCGGACUUGUCAAACAGCGAUGUUCCGUCUAACAAUAUCUCUAUAGCAAAUACUUUUGGGAGCAAAAAGUUUCCUCAGGCCAUCAUCAUCGGGGUGAAGAAAGGUGGCACACGGGCUCUUCUGGAGUUCUUGCGCAUCCAUCCGGACGUGAGAGCCGUGGGCGCCGAGCCACACUUUUUCGACCGCUUUUACGAUAAAGGACUGGAAUGGUACAGGAACCUGAUGCCUCGUACACUGGAGGGUCAGAUCACCAUGGAGAAGACCCCUAGUUACUUCAUCACCAAAGAAGCCCCUCGUCGCCUUUUCUCCAUGAGUCGCCACACUAAGCUCAUUGUGGUGGUGCGUGACCCUGUGACCCGGGCUGUUUCUGAUUAUACUCAGACUCUGUCCAAAUCUCCCGGGCUCCCGUCCUUUCAGAACCUGGCCUUCCUCAAUGCAACCACGGGUCUCAUCGACACGUCUUGGAGCGCUAUACGCAUCAGCAUCUAUGCCAAGCACCUGGAGAACUGGCUGCGCUUCUUUCCGCUCUCACGCUUUCUUUUUGUCAGCGGCGAACGCCUUGUGACGGACCCAGCGGGCGAGAUGGGCCGGGUCCAGGAUUUUCUAGGACUCAAACGUGUGGUGACAGACAAGCACUUCUACUUCAACCAGACCAAAGGUUUCCCCUGCCUAAAGAAGCCUGAGGGGAGCAGCAGACCGCGUUGCCUGGGGAAGUCAAAGGGUAGGCCCCAUCCCCAGAUCUCCUCUGAGGUCCUGCUUAGGCUCAGAGACUUCUACAGACCCUUCAAUUUCAAAUUCUACCAAAUGACCAGCCUCAAUUUUGGCUGGAAUUAAACUGCUACUCACCAAAGCUAUUGACAGCAUUGUUCACCCAACUACAGUACCAAGACUAGACAGGGAUAACUUGAAGAUACUGCAUGUUACCAAAGCUUUUACUGUGCAAAAUAGGACUUUCCUUAAUUUUCUAAGCUAAAAAUCACAUGCUCCUGCAUUCUCCUACAUUUACAGGAGCCAUGCUAACAAGGUUUAUAAGAUGCCAGGGUUGUGUGAUGGUCGCAAGCCAGACUUGCUUAAAGCUAGAACUUCCAGGACUUGGCAUCGUGAGUUCCAGAAGUAUGCUAAGCUGUCACUGCUGUCCAAAACACUUCACAGCACAUAGCCUCUGUAUUGAAAAUAACAACAGAAUGAAUCCAACGCUUCAAUGAAAUGUGUGUAAUGUUAAACUGAAUGGCAAAAGAAUAAUAUAUCUUGACAACUGGGCAAAGCUACGAUAAACCAAAUGAAAGAGUGGAGGUUUGAGAGGGGCAUGGGAGCUAUGCCGCAAAAGCAGCUCAGAUGGCAAAGAAAGAAGCAAAGAGUUUUGAAAUAUGCACAUUGGUACAGUCAAAAUAAAGAUGUGCAUUCCUGAGACGCAGAUAAAUGAUUCAUAAUCAUUUAAAUCCUCUCUGCAUUGUUCAGUUAAUUUGCCGUU